AUGGCAUCCUGCAACCCAGAAAUUUUGGAGAGAGAGCCUUAUCGCCCCCCCACAUCUGCCUGCCGCAACCCCUGUCUCACGCCAAGAACCACCCACCUCCCCACAUUAAGCUUUGCAAUUCCAACCAAUCACGGCAUUCCAAGCCUCAAAAUCAAUAACCCACCAAAAACUAUCGCGAACUGCACCGUUGAAGGUCGCUUGACGAUACCUCCCCGUCAGCGCCGCCCACACUCACCCUGCCCAUCAGCAACCAUGUCCACCAAAACCUUCCGCCCCCUAGCCCUCCUCCGGCCAACAGCAAGAUUCUACUCCUCCCAACCCACCCCCUCCCCCGCCCUCCUCACCCGCUCGCCAGCUUCAACCAAACCCCCAACAGCAACCCCCUCCCCAACCUCAAUCCUCGCCUCCCUCUUCGCCCCGGAACAACCCUCCGCCCCCUCCCCCACCGGCCACACCAACUACGGCUUCGAAGCCGCCGAGGAUGUCGUCAAGCACCAGCACCGCGCCGACAUGUACCUCCGCAAACACCCCCGCCGCUGGCGCGAAGGCGACGUCUACGCCCCCCACGACCUGAGCCCGGCCGAGGCCAAAAAGUGGAAGGUCGUCAAGAGCCCAAAGAGGGAUGUGAUUGACAUGUUGGGGGUGAACCCGCUGGAUAAUUACAGGGGGCAGGCAGGAAUGAUGGAAAUCAUGGAAAGAAAGACAUUAGACGAAUCUGAUGGUGAAAGGGGAGGAGGAGGGAAGUUGUGGCAGAGAGAAAAGGAGGGCAGAGUAGCUGAAAGAAAAUGGGUUCAGUUGCUAACACAGACAAAACAGAAUUUCUCCAUGAUCUCCGAAUUCAUGACCCCCUUGGGCAGAAUCAUGCACUCCAAGGACACCGGCCUCCGUCCCGUCAACCAGCGCAAGAUGGCCAAGGCCAUCAGGAGGGCCAUCGGUCUCGGCAUCCACCCAUCCGUCCACAGACACCCCGAAGUCAUGAAGAUGAGGGGGAGGAUCAACACUGCCAUGAAUUUCUAG